ACUGUCCAAGUCUUCCUUCUAAGUCGCCACCUAACAUUCAAUGUAGCUUCCCACAUAUUUCCAAAGAAUUACGCAUGUUGAAGGUUUUCCAUACGCGGUGAGACUCACUGUACUAGUCUUCUUAUCUGUUUCACCUAACAUCAGUGGACCUAUCGGCUUGAAUUAUUAGUAAAGGACAAACAAAGGAAACAAGCUAGGAAGCUUCCCACAUCAUGUUAAUGGUAUUGCCAAAGAGUUAAAUCGGCUCCAAUUGACACAAUAAAGCUGAAUGCUCUGAGCUACAUAAACACACACAGCAUAUCAUCGAAACUCUUCUUUCUUUGUUGUUUGCAAGAAAAAGAACUUUCCCCUUGUUUUUUCAAUUCCUUAAUCUCUAGUAUACCAAAAAACCCUAUGGCUGCAGAAGUAGUAGGAGGAGCUUUACUCUCUGCGUUCCUUCAGGUGGUGUUUGACAAGAUGGAUUCCAAGGAUGUCCUCAACAUCAUCCGGAGAAAGAAACUCAAUAACAGGCUGCUCGAGAAGUUGAACAUUAAGUUGCUGUCAGCUGAGUCGGUGCUGAAUGAUGCUGAGGAGAAGCAAAUAAAAAACCAAACUGUGAGGAAGUGGCUUGCUAAGCUCGAGGAAGUAAUCUAUGAUGCAGACAACUUGGUGGACGAGAUCAAUACUGAAGCUUUGCGAUGUGAGAUUGAAGGUGAAUCUGAAAACACCUCACAACAGGUACUGAAAUUCAUCUCAACUCCAUUUACUGCAUUUAACAAACGGGAUGUCGAGUCGAAGAUGGAGGAAAUCCUUGAUAGAUUGGAUUUUAUUUUACAACAAAAGGAUUUCCUUGGCCUCAAAGUAGGUGUUCAAAACAAACCUCCACGGAGAACACCUGCAACUUCUGUAGUAGAAGAAUCUGCUGUGUAUGGCAGGAAUGAUGACAAAAAUGCCAUCCUUGAUUUGUUGCUAUCAGAUGAAGUUGGUGGCAAUAAGAUUUCGGUGAUUCCCAUAGUGGGUAUGGGCGGGAUUGGCAAGACCACCCUUGCUCAGCUCAUUUACAAUAGUGACGAUGUAAUGAACCAUUUUGAGAUCAAAGCAUGGGCUUGCGUCUCAGAUGAUUUUGAUGUUUUUAGAACCACAAAAAUGAUUUUUGACUCGAUUACAUCUCAAACAUGUAAUACUACAGACUUCAAUCAACUUCAAGAAAACUUAAAGCAGAAGUUGGUGAAAAAGAAAUUUCUCUUUGUUUUAGAUGAUGUUUGGAAUGAGAAUUAUAUUGAGUGGGAUAAGUUGAAAAGUCCUUUUGAAUUUGGAGCAUGUGGAAGUAAAAUCAUUGUGACAACACGCAGUGACAGAGUUGCAAAUAUGGUGCGAAAUGUUCCGAGUUAUACGCUAAAACAAAUGUCUGAAAAUGACUGUUGGUCGUUAUUCGUAAAGCAUGCCUUUGGUAAUAUAGAGCCAGGUGCACAUCCCGAUUUGGUAGACAUUGGUAGAAAAAUUGUUAGAAAGUGUCAAGGUCUUCCAUUGGCCGUAAAAUGCCUUGGUGGUCUCUUGCGUAAUGAAGAAAAUCCACAAGUAUCGGAGAGAAUUCUAAAGAAUGACAUAUGGGAGUCAUCUCAAAAGGAACUUGACAUUCUUCUAUCCCUUUGGUUGAGCUAUUAUUAUCUGCCUCAACAUCUUAAAAGAUGUUUUGCUUACUGCUCAAUUUUUCCAAAGGAUUAUUUCUUUGAGAAAGAAUAUCUAAUUUUACUGUGGAUGGGAGAAAAUCUUUUGGAGCCCCUUAAAAAUAAGACUGCAGAAGAAGUUGGAGAGGAAUACUUCAACGAUCUGCUCUCAAGGUCAUUGUUUCAGGGCACUGAGGAGGGCUUGUUUACUUUGCAUGACCUUGUCAAUGAUUUGGCUAUGUUUGUAUCCGGUGACUCUUGUUUUAGGUUGGAUAACAAUGUCUCAGAAGUUGCAAGAAAGAGUACUCGUCAUUUGUCAGGUUUACAAUAUGAACCCCAUUAUAUCAAGAAUUUGAAUUUUGAGGAUUUAUGUAAUAAGAAGAUAUUGCGCACUCUGAUAUUGAAAGAUAUUUAUCCAUCUGGAUACGUGAUAGAUAUUCUUGAAAAGUUGCAAUCAAUGCAGUACUUGAGAGUGCUUGAUGUAUGUGGACUUGAUCAUAUGAUGGAAAGUCCUCGCAUGACAAAGGUGCUCAACUCAAUUGCCAGUUUGAAGCUCUUAAGACAUCUGAGGUUCGUUUGUGUUGGAAUUGAAGAAAUUCCUGAUUCAAUUUGUACUUUGUACAAUUUACAGACAUUAAUUCUAAGAUAUCGUGGCAUUACUAGGUUGCCAGAUUCAAUUGGCAAUUUGAAACAUCUAAGGUAUUUGGACUUAAGUUGGUCUCCGAUUAAUAAGAUACCAGAUUCAAUUGGCAAUUUGGAACAUUUAAGCCAUUUGGACUUGAGUAGUACUCGGAUUGAAAAUAUACCCGACACGGUAUGUAAUUUGCAUGAGUUGCAUACAAUGAACUUGUACAGCUGUACAAAUCUUAAACGUUUGCCAAAUAGCAUCACAACUCUAAUCAACUUGCGCCAUCUCGGUAUGUCCGACACAGAAUGGACAGCAUUGGAAGAGAUGCCACCCCAAAUGUGCAAGUUGAAAAAUCUGCAAACAUUAGAAGCGUUUGUCGUAGGAAAAGAUAGCGGAUCCAAUAUUAAAGAGCUGGGUGAGCUUCAACAUCUGCAGGGACCUGAUCUUCUUAUCAAAGGACUUGAGAAUAUAAUAAAUGAGGAAGAUGCUUCGGGGGCCAAAUUGGAGGAUAAGAAGCGUAUUAUUCGACUGCGUUUGGGGUGGGAGGGUGAUAGUGACGAUUCGCAGCUAGCACGAGAGGUUUUGGACAGACUCCAACCGCAUACAAAUCUGGAGGAAUUAUUUAUUCGUGGGUAUGGAGGUACAAGCUUCCCGCCUUGGGUUGGUCAUCAUUCAUUUUUUUGUAUAAAAUACUUAGGGCUGUUUGAUUGUAGAAACUGUUGUUGGUUGCCUGCACUGGGACAGCUACCUUCCUUGGAAUCCCUCAAGAUUGCUGGAUUUGAUAUGUUGGAGAAGAUAGGCAAUGAAUUUUACAGUGAUAGUGAUGGUUCUUCUUCUUCUUCUUCUUCUUCUUCUUCUGCGAUCACUAAACCAUUCAAGUCGUUAAAGCGCUUGCACUUUUCAGGUAUGGCAGAGUGGAGGGAGUGGUCAGUGGUGGAAGUUGAAGGUAACAGAGACGAAGGUCGUGGAGUUUUCUCAAACCUUAAGGAGCUUCGGUUGGCAGACUGUCCGAAGUUAAAAAGGGAGUGCUUACCGGAUUAUUUUUCUUCUUUGGAAACUCUUACGAUAUGGGGAAGUCACCACCUGGCGGCCUCACUCUCACGGCAUCGAUACCCAUCGCUGCGUGUAUUGAGAAUAUUGUUUUGUAAAAAAAUGAAGACAUUCCCGGAAGGGAGGUUGCCCUCCGAUAUACAAUCAAUUGAUAUUUCGGGAUGCGAUGAACUGGCGUCACUUUCGGACGAGGGAUGGCCUUCCAAUUUAAAAUCACUUAAAAUUAGCAAUUGUUCGAAGCUCUUUGUACGGAGCAACAUCACGCAGUGCAAUCUGGGACUGCUCGCCUCUCUUACAUCCUUACAUAUCGGUCAUAUAAAUGAAGUGGAUACAUUUCCGGAGAAGGAAGGCCAGCUUCCCACCUCUCUCACUUCUCUUGAUCUAUCUGUUAUUCCAAACCUUAAAUCCCUACAUGGAAAGGCCUUCCAACAGCUCACCUCCCUUCGAAAGAUGUCGAUUAAUCUGUGCGAACGGCUCCAGUGCUUGCCAGAAGAAAGACUGCCCGCAUCUAUUUCUGAGUUGAGGAUCAGCGGUUGUCCAUUGCUAACGCCACGGUGCCAGAGAGAAACAGGGGAGGAUUGGCCCAAAAUCCAUCACAUCCCGAGCAUAAUCAUAGGUUCGCGUAAAAUAUGAUUACAAUCAUGUCCUAUAUAUGUCCGCCUUCUCUGUACACAUUUCAGUCGUGAUUACUUAUUUCGUGCAAUGGGCCAAAACCUGGUGCUAUUUCGCACGCACAAUGGGAUAAGGGAUUUCCUUCAAAGUUUCUACAUUCAAAACAUCCUUCUUCCUUCUAUCACCUGCAAUGCUUGCCAUAAGAAGAACUCCAUUUCCUGUAAUAUAUCCUCUGUCAUCUGCCGCUAUCAUCCUGGAUAGAAGAAAUAGAAAACGCGUUAUAAUUUUGGAAGCAAACUGUUGUCGUUCACAGUAGCUGAUUCAAAAACCUUACUCUUUUCGGUUUUGAAAUGCAGUUCUAGCUCUUCUUCACCAAUUCAGCGUUCAGUUAGCAUCCCCUGCACAACUGAUUGUAUUUCUGAUGUUUGAGUUCCCAAAGAUGGACUUUUUAAGUUUAUACAGGAAAACUCAGGAUUUUAAGGCAUAUCACAGCAGGGGUACUGCCAAUUGUAACAUAUCUGCCACUAUUUUUAAGAUCUGCUUUUCUUCAUGUUGCACCAAUCUACGUAUCUUGUAUUACACUUUUGUUGCAACAAGCAUCUUCCUUUGAAAUUAAUACAUUACUUGAUGCUUGUUAGAGCUAGUCCUCUGUAUGAUAGUCCUGUUUAAGAGUUAAAAAUGCGACUAUUGGUUUGAAAAGCAAUAUAACAAUUAGCUAAAAUCAACCAACACUACCACAGCCUUCAGGGACAAGAAAGGACAAGGUAGGAGUGUAAAACCAUAUAUGACAUCACUAACUUUUAGCCAAUAUGUUCCAUUUGUGACCUAAUCAGAAGACAAAACCACCGUCUUUGGAAAUUCACCACGAAACUGAGACUUAGACAACUUUGCAAGUUCUCCUUGGUCAGAGAUCUUUCUACAUAAUCUGGACCAUUCCAAUGGCCUCUUUAAUUGCUGGACCAAAAGAAGUUACUUCCUCCUUACUCAAGUUUUAGCUAGUAUAAAAAGAAGGUUUAAAUCAGUGAGUUAGCAUAACAGCUAGGGCAGAAUCCGCCACAGCAAACCAUUUAGGAUGCAUCUUAACUACUUGAGGUGGACAAAGAAUGGAGGUUGUAUGCUCGUUACUACUUUUUCGCGAAAUAUAAUAGAAAGACGUUUGUGAACAGAGUUUCAGAAUUUGAGUAUCCAAUUUCAAUUCAUUGUCUCUUUUAUUUUAAUUUUCCGUACGGUUUUAUUUCUUGGGAUAAAUACCUAUUAUAAUCUUGCAUUUGUGUUACAUUAUACCUUCUUUUAAAGAUUCUUCUUGUUAUCUAGGCAUUUUCUAUAUUUCACAGACCAGGUUUUCAUUCAUAAGCCUUUUAGAAUCUAGCUUUGCACUUGUCUUCCCUGAUCAUCUUCCAAUUUUUGAAAAAUCUUGAGAUCGCAGGAUGUCAACAGUUGGUGGCCUCAUUUACAAGAUGUCAAUAUGCGGGCGCUGCAUUUUCAUCUCCUUGGAAUUCUAAGACAACAGGUUUCCCAAAAUGUUUCGUCCAGUGGAGAAUUUGGGUUUUCCUGUAAUUUGGAUUCACUUGAAAUUACCAGCUGCAAAAUCGAUCUUCGCAAACUGCUUUCACUGGGGUCUCCAAACUAUCAGUUUUGCUCAUAUACUAUGUAAAUGUAAAUGUAAAGAUGUUUUGGAUUCGCUCUCAGAGGAGGGUCUGCUUCGAGCUUAUGUGGUUGAACUCUUCCUGUACCAUUUUCCAAACCUUAAUCCUUUGGCAGAAAGGAUCUUCAACAUCUUAAGAGUUGUCCAUUUCUUACUGUGGCGAGUUACAGUGCUUGCCCGAAGGAGGGCUGCCCCCUUGUAUUUCUUAUUUGAAAAUCUAUGGAUGUCCUUGCUAAACCAAUGGUGGCAAUGCAGUGAGAAAAGGGGUAGUAUUUGCCCAAGUUUUUUCCCCUAUGUUAGGACAAAUGAUGAACUGAUAUGAAGUGCAUUGAGCAGGUUUGUCCAUCCCUAGUUGCCAGACAAUCAAAUUUUGAGUUUGUAAUUUCUGUUUCCAAAAGUGACUGGAUCACAUUUCUGAUCAAAAUAUCAUUGACUAGGAAUUUAUUUAUUUAAUUUUUUUACUGCAAGUAUUACUUAUACACGUUAUUGUUUCACCUGCCUCUCAGGAAAUGCUUUUAUUUAUUUAUUUUUUUAAUUUA